AUGGAUAAGCUAUUUCAGGUUUCUGCGGUACUUGCCCUCGUUGUGAACUGCGCUUCUGGCAUUCCGCUUUUCGGCGUCCAAACUCCCAAGAGCUAUGUUGCGUUUGGAGAUAGUUUUUCGUCUGGUAUAGGCUCCGGGGUACUUGUGGACAAAAAUGUCGCAUGCCAGCGCCAAACCGGUUCUUACCCUCGGCACCUUCUCAAAUCGAACCCCUUUCUCAGAGACCAGCUUUUUAAGUAUGUGUCUUGCGCUGGGAACAAGUUGGCCGAUAUCGACAACCAGAUUGCAGAGCUUGCGAACAAGAAGUAUGAUCUCGCCACCAUUAGUAUUGGAGGCAAUGACUUCCAUUUCGGAGCUAUUUCAUCUGCUUGUAUCUACCAAGUUACCUCAUCAGAUGUCACAGACCCUCAGAAACUGUGUGACGACGCCCUUGAUCUCGGCUUUGCGCAGCUCAGUAACUCGACUGUCAGAGCUGCAUUCUACGAGAAGUUCGAUCGGAUCCAAUCCGAUGUUCUCAACGUGAAUGGCCGAAUGUACGUCGCAAACUAUCCCAAGUUCUUCGCAAGGCCACGAGAAGGAGACGCAUGCGACUCCAUCUCCUUCUUCCCCAUUGCCGGAAUGGCGGCUCUUAAUAUGACUGCCGCCAACCGCCGCCGUGUCAAUGAGUUGACCAACAAGGUCAACGAGCUGAUCGAAAAGGUUGUUGGAAAAUUUGGCAAUAGGGUUGAGUUUAUUGAUUGGGAUAGCCUGUUCGAAGGCAAGAGGUUUUGCGAGCCGAAAAAUUCAAAGGAUCCUAUCGGGGCUAAUAAUCCCGAUGUGUUCUUCAAUGACUUGACGACGACUCUGGAGAGUCCUAGGGUAACAGAUGCCUCACAAUGGACGCCAGGCUUGAAGGUCAAUAUUUCGGAUACGGUGCAGCAGAACUCGGCGUUUCAUCCCAAAGCUGGAGGUCAUCGGGCUUUGGCUGCAAAAUUGACGUCCAAAAUCCAUAGUCGUCUCAUGCAGUUUAAUGCAGUUUGA